CCGCGACGAAAGUUGUCGUCGAGACGAGCAAUUUCUCGACAACGGCGGCCGAGUGCCAUGAGCAACGACGCAUCGUUUCUCCACGUGCCACACCCGACCAAGGCCGAGGCGAGAAAGAGAGACGAGCUCUCGCACCGAACGAACGAAGGCCAGAAAGCGAAGCGGUUGCUCAACGACAUCAACCUAGCACGGAGUGACAUACCGGCCUUCGGGAUCAUUGACUCGAGCAUUGUGAAGGCCAAGGAACAGUCGUACGGGAGGCAGUGGUUUGAGGUGCUGCAAAAGUUGGAGGCGACGGAAGCCCGGCGUCGGACGAAUCCAAACUGGUUUCGCAAAGGCACAAAUGACACGCUAGACGUGGUGGUGCAGCAGCUGCACGAUCGAACGCCAACUCUCGAGAUUCCUCCCAACACGUCGGGGGAUUCGUCGGUGCACGUCAACUCGGUCAUCGUCGCGCUGUCAUGUGAAUCCCCGCCCGUGGGGAGUCCGCAAUUUAACGCGUGGCCAGUGUUUGGCGGUGUGUGCUACAAUGCUUUCCCUUCCCGCACGACGCAAUGGGAGGCGCGCCCCAUGACCUGUCAUCCCCUGACCCGCGGAAUCACCAUGAAUUGGAUCACCAACAUGCUCUACGCAAUCGUGGACGUGCUCAUCGCGUACUGCGAGGCACCACUGCCGCCACUCGCCCCUGACAUGUACCGCUCGAUUCCAAUUGCCACGGCCGUUCCUGCCAGCGACGCCCAUUUGUUUCAGGACACACAGUGCGAUAUCCACGUCGUCCACUUGCCCCAUUUGAAGACGUACCAUUUGGCCAAGUACACGAAACUCGUGCUAAACGUGGCAGCGGCGGCGGCAUACGAAAACAGCAUCACGUUGCGGCGGCACGGCCAUGGCCGCGAGCAGGACCGAGGCACCUCUGAGGCAUUUCGCGCGACCAACAGUCGAGAUACCAUCCUGCUGAUGCAUCGACAGUCGCGGUAUGGAAAGGAAGUGGGGUACUUUGACACCGAGUGGAUGCUGUCCCGGCAAUUCGUCGACAUGACGAUGCAUGCCAACCCGUCGAUCCAAGAGCGGUACUGCUCGGUGGCGUGUUCAAUGACGAGGGAUGCGAAGGAGUCCCGCGUGCAGCGUGAGCAGUUCACAAACGAGUGGGCGACCUGGAGCGUGUACCAGAAGCGUCGCGGCCCGGAUGGAGAAGAAGUCGCCGAACUCAUUGAAAUGGCAGUGUCGAUGGGCGUGCAAGACGCCGACACGAACGAGUUUGUCCCGUACGACGAGAAACUACCAAAUGAGGCGCUGUCCCCAAAUGAGCGGUUCAAUGUCCUCGUGGACAAGCUCAAAGAGUACUACAAAGCGGCAUUUGCCCGCGACACGAACGAGCUGCUCGAGCACUUGCGAGAGCUUCCACCAAGCGAGGGCUCUGUUUCAUCUCGAACGGACGAACCCCCAGGUCAAAUGGACCCUCUUCACACUGUUGUUCGCGAAGCCAACCCACGGGUGCCUCAAGCAGCGCUUCCAGACACUACUUUGCCGCCACCGAGAGUACACCAACGACGGAAACGAUCUCGUCGCGACGAUGUGUUCGAAGCGGCCAAGGUGCUGUGCACGAGGUACGCCAGCGACUUCAAACCGGACGAAUUGGCUCGCGUGGCGAAUGUGUUUUCCAACCACGCCCUGGAUGCCACUAUCUUUUUGGGUCUGGGCGAUACUCCCGUGCAGAAAGCGUGGGUCGCCGACAUCGUCAAGACCUUUCAUCAUGACUGAUGCGGUGCGAAUGACGACGGAGUCAGAGCACGCGGUAUCGCUCCGAGCAAGGCUGUCGCGUGUGGAGAAGAUGCCAGUCAGUGGAAAGAGAAUCGCGCGUUGGUUCCUAUU